AUGUAUCCCUGGCACCACGAGCUAAAGGACUGGGCCAAAGACACCGGAUUACAAAUCGAUGCCUUGGGCCUCGUCACCCUCCUCGGCGCGGAGGAGAUGGACCGCAGCAUCGGAAGACUGAUGCCAAGUGUGUACUUCGACUACCUACCCCUCCUCGGCGCCUUUGUCGUGGCGGGCGACCGAUUCAAAGAGCGAAAGCUCGGCUACACCCUCUACAACAUCAAUGCGGGGAUUGUCACUACCGAGCUAUCGGGGUGGUUCUCGCGAUGGCUUCGUGCGCAAGAGUUCCACAAGUGCCGCAGUAUAGUCACCUGGGAGGUUGUUGAUCGGCCGCCACGAAGGAAACUGUUUUUAGUCGGCAUGUUUCUCAUCAGUUUGCCUUUGCAUGGCAUCAUUCUAGCCCUGACGGUCCUUGCGGCGGACUGGUGGGGGUUUGCGAACGUUAUCGCCAUGGUGAUUUCGGUGUUUGUGCGUUGCGUGCAGGUCGCGGAGAACCAGGCCGGUAUUGACCAGAAUAUCCGGGAAGCGGAGCAAGAUGCGGAUGAGAGGUUGGAAAAGUAUGAGCGUGCAAAGGAGCUUGCGGAAACUCGGCAGAUGGGAAAUGCGCCCGGUGAUAUCAAGAUGCCAACUCGUCCCAAGGAUCGAGAUCUGGUGAAGUUGCUUGUGGUGACGGAAGAAUCCAAGGUCGUGACUUUGCUUGCGCCGGCCUUUCUGGUUAAGCCUGCUUUUACGGCCGCGCCUCAUAUACCCAAUCCGGGAUUCUACUUGUUUUGUCGGGUCGUUGGCUGGAUUGCAUUUGCCGUUCAUGUUAUCAGUAUUGGCAUGGCUGGGCUGUACACGCAGAUUUGUACAGUUGUGUUGAUCAUCGCCGCAACGGUGCUCAUGGCUUAUAAGGUCGGCAGCGAUGACUCCCAGCUGUUCAGUGCUAUUCGGCGCAAGUUAUUCCAUGUUGACGAAGAAGAGAAGGACUUGAGCUGCUGGGUCACGUCAAAAUUGAAAGCCACAAUCUCCUCAUACCCAGAGGAGUAUACGAAGUGGGAACCCGCCGAGAAAGAAACCAGAUCUUUGAAACAACAGGAAGCUCAAGUGAAAAUUCUGUCGUGGCCGUGGAGUCAAAAAACAGGAACCGACUUGGAAAAUGCAGCGCCUAACAAAAAGUCAAGGAUUGUCGAACGACGACAGGAUCUGUUUGCUUGGUUAGACUUGACGCCACAAGAAGACGAGCGCAUGGUUGCUUGGCAUAUGAUCCCUCACGAUCCGGCUUGGAAGGAUGUAUAUUUGGAAAAGAAAGAGAUUCAUCGUCGGAGAACAAGAACUUCUCAGGCAGCAAGCUCCACAUAA